CCCGAGAGUCGGAAUGACCGGCAUUUGUGCGCUCGCAGCCGGCUGCACUCGCGGUAUUUAGCUGCCUUUCGUCUGAUCCGUCUGGCUUUCUCCAGCCCUGACUCCCCGGUUUCGUUGUUAUAUCUUCCUCGCUCUUUUCCUCUCUCUUGCUUUCGCGGUUCAGCAUGCAGAGAAAAGAUGCUUCCUCCGACGGUUUCCUGCCGAGCUUCCCACGUUUCGCCACGCAGGCCAUCCACGCGGGCCAGGAUCCGGAGCAAUGGGCCUCCCGGGCUGUGGUGCCCCCCAUCUCGCUGGCCACCACGUUCAAGCAAGAGGCGCCGGGCCGGCACUCGGGUUUUGAGUAUAGCCGUUCUGGAAAUCCCACCAGGAAUUGCUUGGAAAAAGCAGUGGCAGCCCUGGAUGGGGCUAAGUACAGUUUGGCCUUUGCUUCAGGUUUAGCAGCCACUGUGACUAUUACCCAUCUUUUAAAAGCAGGAGACCAAAUUAUUUGUAUGGAUGAUGUGUAUGGAGGUACGAACAGGUAUUUCAGGCGGGUGGCAUCUGAAUUUGGAUUAAAGAUUUCUUUUGUCGAUUGUUCCCAAACCAAAUUGCUAGAGGCAGCAAUUACACCAGAAACCAAGCUUGUUUGGAUUGAAACCCCCACAAAUCCCAUCCUGAAGAUGAUUGACAUUGAAGCCUGUGCCCAUAUUGUCCAUAAGCAUGGAGACAUUAUUUUGGUUGUGGAUAACACUUUUAUGUCAGCAUAUUUCCAGCGGCCGUUGGCUCUGGGAGCUGAUAUUUGCAUGUAUUCUGCAACAAAAUACAUGAAUGGCCACAGUGACGUUGUAAUGGGCUUAGUGUCUGUUAAUUCUGAAAGCCUCCAUGAUAGACUUCGUUUCUUACAGAACUCUCUUGGAGCAGUUCCAUCUCCUGUUGACUGUUACCUCUGCAAUCGAGGUCUGAAGACUCUGCAACUCCGAAUGGAGAAGCAUUUCAAAAAUGGAAUGGCGGUUGCCCAGUUUCUGGAAUCAAAUCCUUGGGUAGAAAAGGUUAUUUAUCCUGGGCUGCCCUCUUAUCCGCAGCAUGAGUUGGCAAAGCGUCAGUGCACAGGUUGUACGGGGAUGGUCACAUUUUAUAUUAAGGGCACACUUCAACAUGCUGAGACUUUCCUCAAGAACCUAAAGUUAUUUACUCUGGCAGAGAGCUUGGGAGGAUAUGAAAGUCUUGCUGAACUUCCGGCUAUCAUGACCCACGCAUCAGUGCCUAAGAAUGAUAGAGAUGUCCUUGGAAUUAGUGACACAUUGAUUCGACUCUCUGUGGGCUUAGAGGAUGAAAAAGAUCUACUGGAAGAUCUAGAUCAAGCUUUGAAGGCAGCACACCCUCUGAAUGGAAGUUGCAACUAGUAUUCCAGAACUGUUAUUACAAGCUGCUUCCUGAGAAGAUAAAAUCUUCUGAAUAAUUUAAUGGAUGAUUAAUGAGUUUUCACAAAAUUUUCAAGUGAAAAUUUUAAGGCACCUCAUUACCUUUCAGAACUGUAACUUUCCAGGGAUCAUUCUUGUUAGAAACAGUUUUCUGUAUAUCUUAUAAUUGACAGGUCAAUUCUGUUAAUAUGUUUUUGUUGAUUUUACUAUAUAUUUGCCUCUGAAGGAGGUGAGACUUGUGCUGCUUUUUGGGAUCAUGGUUUUUUUUCCAUAGUCUAAGACUUAUUUUGAUCCUGUUUACAAUAUGAUGGUAAUUCAUUUUUGAUGUUUCAUGAAGAAUUUAAAUUAUUAAAUGAAUAUUCUUAAAUCAAGUGUGAUUUUUGCAUAUUGUUGAAAAGAGCAUUGAAGGCAGUGGUUUACACUUAAUUAUCAUAAGCCAAAAAUCAAAUACUUGAAAAAUCUACUGUGGAAUCCUACUGAUUUAAGUUUGUACUUAAUAUAUUUUAAAAAAUAAAUCUAAUUAUCAAUUGUA